UCCCCUUCUCUCAACUAACCACCUACAACAAGUUUGACAGCUCAGCUUUUUCCUGCGCUCACACGCAGCAGCAGCAGCAGCAGACUCACUCUCCUCUGUUUCUUCCUCUAACGACACACUUGUAUCUUCUUUUUUUCUUUUUUUGUUGGUAUGUGUGCGUCUUGCGUCUCCUGCUGGCUAUGAGGAAUUUAAUGUGCCCGUAGGUUUGGUCACUUUCCCCCCUCCACACACAGACUCACUCGUUCUUGGACCUUUUUGGUUGGCGUUGUUUUUUUGUGUGUGUUUUUUCUUUUUGUUGGUCGCGAGGGAUUUAUUUAUCGUUAACCAUGUCGAGGGGCGCGGAGGAGGUGUACAAGCUAACUGAAAGUACAUACAAGAGUGUAAUGGAACAGUUCAACCCGGGACUGAGGAAUCUGGUCAACCUGGGCAAGAACUAUGAGAAAUCAGUGGCUGCAAUGACCCUGGCGGGAAAGUUGUAUUUUGAUGCAAUGUCUAAGAUUGGGGAGAGUGCUGCAGUGUCUCCUGUCUCCAGAGAAUUAGGUGUAGUGCUGAUGGAAAUCUCCGAGGUCCACAGGAAGGUUCAUUUUGAGCUGGAAGAAAACUUUAAGAGGUUCCACAGGGAGAUAAUAACCGAGCUGGAGAGAAAGACCGACAUGGAUGUCAAAUACAUGACAGCCACGUUUAAGAGGUACCAGAUGGAGCACAAGAUGAAACAGGACUCUCUGGAAAGGUCCCAGUCAGACCUGAAGAAGCUGAGGAGAAAAAGCCAAGGCAAGAACGCCAACAAGUACGAGAACAAGGAGAGCGAGUGCCUGGAAACGUUGACAAGCCGUCAGAUGGACAUGCAGUUGUUCAUUGCGGACGGCUGUAAGGAGGCUCUGCUGGAGGAGAAGAGACGCUUCUGUUUCUUGGUGGACAAACACUGCAUGUUCUCCUACCAGUUCGCUUCCUUCCACGACAAGGCCAGAGACAUUCUGACGGCAAAGCUGAGCAGCUGGCAGGACCAGUGCAACAACGCCACCGACAUGCCCGAGAGUAUCUUGACGAUGAUCGAGGGACUGCGCACGCCCGUCUCCAUUACCCCUAUGCCCUCUCCCUCCCCGUCACGGCACAGCGUGAACAUGACCGCUCCCGCGGCCCCAGCUCUGAAGGCUCAGACCAGUCCUCUGGCUAACAUGUUCAGCCAGGAGAACAACAGCACAGACCCCAGCGAGGAGAACAAUCUUGCCAGGUCUGUGUCUGUCGCCACAGGCCUCAACAAUAUAGUGAAGAGGCCACGUGUGCGCACCAUCUUCCCUCACACUGCCGGCAACAACAGCACACUGCUCAGCUUUGAUGAGGGAGACGUCAUCAUCCUCCUCAUUCCUGACGAGAGAGAUGGGUGGAUGUACGGCGAACUGGAGAAGAAUGGAAAGAGGGGCUGGUUCCCUUCAUCUUACUGCCGUGCACUCUCCGAGCCUCUCGUGAAUAACAACAGCGUGUCCCCUGCCCCGUACCGCAGCAGAAGCGUGGUCAACCUCCACCAUCAGGACACGGAGACCGACGAGGCGACCAUGGUGCUCCCCCCAGCGGACUACUGUGACACCCCUCAGCGCAGCUCCCUCAAGAACAACAUCUCGUCCCCCGGCAACAUCACCAACAACAACCACCAGCACUCCCCCACGCCCUCUGCAGCCUCCUCCUCCUCGUCUGAUCACAACACGACAAUCCAGCCUAAUGGCUUCUCGAGACCUCCGCCCGCUUACCUCGCGGGAGGGAACCCGUUCGCUACAGUCAGGCUACGUCCAACCGUCACCAACGACCGCUCCGCACCUGUCAUCUGAUCUGUCCACAUUUCCACACACCCCCGAUUCCCACAAGCCCUCCGUCGUCAGCCUCCCUGUGUCAUCUAUCCCAGGACAUCUUUUACUGUCCAACAGAUCCCCCUUGUCUGGAUGGAACCGGACAAAACUUGGCCAGUACUGAGGAAAAAAAAUGCCAUUUAAAUCUGGGAUCUCCUUUACUGCUGCAAACUCUCAUGGAAGUAUUUUGGGACCAUUUUAUUUUACAGAACAGAUGCUCAUAUAUUUAAUAUAUAUAUAUUUCCAUGUCUGUUUUUGUCCCUCUGUUUGUUGUGGUGAUAUUUAAAUGACCACAGUCUUACCUGCACUUGAGAAAUGGAUGAAUAAAAAUGGUCAAAGAAAAAUACUGCAAUGUAUUUAUACCAUUGAUGUUGCUUGUCCGUCGUCCAAAUGACUGUUAGAAAUCUUUUCUUUUGCCAUAGGACAGUAAAAGAAUGUACUGUAGAGGACCUCUGCAUUUCACCUUCAGGUCCUUAUGAAAGUGUUGCAUCUCAGUGUCGAUAUUAAAAUGACGUUGACUGUCGGGGUGAGGGGAGAGAUGCAUCCAAAAAAGGCACACAAGUGAUCUUUAUCGCUAAGUCCCUCUUGUAUAUACAUUUGUACAACUGAUGCUAUAAAUAUUGUCCUUUGCCACCUAACUUAACUUUUUGUAGAGCUAGAGGAUCAUGGAGACCGGACUUUUGCCUUAAUGACACAUACAUACCUACUGUAAAAUUAUCAUGUACCUGCUGCAUUCUUCAAAUUGUGGACAUGAGUUGUGACUUAUUGCCUCAUCUUCAGAUCGACAGUUUAAUCACUACACAUGGCAUUUUAAGACCAGUGUGUACACUUGUUCUGGUCUUGGGCCCUCACUACACCCUUAAUAAAAAAUUUGCUGUAUGAAAAAUAAAGAUGUAUUUCUUCAA